AUGCUUCAAAGUGGACUGUGCCAUUGUCAAUCAGAAAGAGAACGUAUACAUAAAGUGGCCAUUCAACAUGAGAAUCAAAUAAAAGAGUUAAUCAAAAAACAAAAUAUCAUGGCUGGAUUGAUCGGCUAUUACAAUCCUGAACUUAUAGAUCAUAUAGCUCAAUGUGAACAGCGAUUGAUGAAACUAAAUGAAAAGAAAUUAACCGAUCGAGAUCUAUUCAUUGUUGUUCAACAUGCUAUGAUUAAUAAACCAUGCGAAGUUCUCGAUCUACAAUCGAAUGAAAUCACCAGUCAAGGUAUCACGAUUCUUGCCGAUGCAUUACGAACGAAUACAACUUUGAAAACUUUGCUUCUUGACAAUAAUCAUCUAUCUGAUUUGGGUGUUUCCUAUCUCGCCAAUGCAUUGGCGACCAACAAUGCCACUUUGAAAACACUGGAAUUAGAACGCAACGGUAUCAUGGAUGAAGGUGCUUCGAGUUUAGCUCAGAUGCUUCAAACCAAUUCAACAUUGACCAAUUUAUAUCUGUCAGCUAAUCAAAUCGGCGAUCGAGGAGUUCAGUUAUUAGCCAAUGCAAUUGCUGAUCAUAAUACAAGUUUGAAAGAGUUAAUUCUGGACAACAAUCCACUUGUGACUGACACAAGUGUUCAAUCAUUGAUUCAUAUGCUCAAACAUAAUCGAUCACUGCAGACGCUUCGACUUUGGAAUUGUCAAUUAUCAGAUAAAGCCAAAGUGGAUCUUUCUGAGGCGGCAAAUUCGAAGAAAGAUUUUGCACUGUUGUGUUGA